AUUUUCUAUAUAGAACGUUUGAAUUUUGAUGAUCUUCUUUUUCUUCGUAGAACCGAUUCGAUGGAUUAUCUAGUUUGAAUGUUGACAUUUCAAUUAGUACAAUUCGGCAUCUGUCAAACAACACCACCACGAUUCGGCUUUCUGUAUAAAACACGGUUUCAUCGAACAACAACAAUACAAUCUGCGGCCAAAUAAAAUAGCCAAAAGAAAAACUCGCCAGAAAAACGACGGAAACAAUUCAAACUGUGUUCGAAUAAGCAAGCCUUCGUUUUGCCCGACCAAAAGUUGAACAAAUGAAAGUAAAGCCCAUUUUUCAAAUCUGAAGACUGACUUAAUCAGAAAUCAGUUACACAUCAGCCAUCCGUAUCAUCACGAAGAAAACAAAAGUCGGUCGCACAUUAAAUUGAGAUUCCAUUUUUACUUGCAUCAGACGAAACACAAAACCAUACACACAAAAAGAAGAUAUUAAAAAUGGAUGAUUUGAACCCGUUAGCAGGCACCGCUCAUUUGCUCGAAGAAGUUGACAAAAAAUUAAUGGUAUUACUUCGUGACGGUCGAACGUUGAUCGGAUACUUACGGUCGGUGGAUCAAUUUGCAAAUUUGGUGUUGCACAAAACCAUAGAACGAAUUCAUGUCGGUACUGAAUAUGGUGACAUCGAACGGGGCAUCUUUAUCAUUCGCGGUGAAAAUGUUGUAUUGCUAGGUGAAAUCGAUCGUGAUAAGGAAAAGAAUUUACCACUCAAAGAGGUGUCUGUUGAAGAUAUUUUGGAUUCACAACGACGAGAGCAAGAGCAACGCUACGAAAAACAUCGUCUUAUCUCAAAAGCUUUGAAAGAACGUGGAUUAAAUGUUAACACCGAGCUAACACACGAAGAAUAUUGAAUUGUUCUCUCGAGCUCCCAUACCAUUUCAAUUGAUGACACUCAAACACACACACACACAUAUAUUUUCAUUAAUUUAAAAGACCUUGCUUGUCAAUCCACACAAAAAGUCACUUUGCUCCACGAUAUUCGUGAUAUUCAUGUGAAGAUUUACAAAAGACAACCGAAGCAAUGACUUUUACAUAAAACUUUUUCUUUAUUCAAUCAUAUAAUUAAUAGGGACGUCGAUUGUGAGACGAUAAAUUCUUUUUUCUAUUAA